CAGUCGACUGUUCAGCUUUACUGCACUCAGUGGAAACAGAGCUCAGGAGCUCCAUCCAACUUUUGGACUGACACCUUGGAUAGAGACGCACAGAUAAACAGAGCAGCUCCAUCAUCCUUGUACCAGAGCUUUUGCUGAGAGGGAAAAUGCCGUGUGCCGUUGGUGGUCCCGAAGGCUACACUCCACCAGAAGGUGGCUGGGGAUGGAUGGUGGUGACUGGGGCCUUCAUUUCUAUCGGCUUCUCUUAUGCCUUUCCCAAGUGCAUCACUGUCUUCUUCAAAGAAAUUGAGGUGAUCUUCGACGUGACAAGCAGCCAGGUGUCAUGGAUCUCAUCUAUCAUGCUAGCAGUCAUGUAUGGCGGAGGCCCUAUAAGCAGCAUCUUGGUUAACAAAUAUGGCAGUCGCCCUGUCAUGAUGGCUGGAGGAUUACUAUCCGGAGUGGGACUUGUUGCUGCCUCUUUCUGCAACUCUGUUCCAGCCUUGUACUUCUGCAUUGGUGUGAUAGGAGGUUUGGGGUUGGCUUUCAACCUGAACCCUGCCCUCACUAUGAUUGGAAAGUACUUCUACAAAAGACGUCCUAUUGCUAAUGGGAUUGCCAUGGCUGGAAGUCCUGUCUUUCUCUCUACCUUGGCUCCUCUCAACACCUGGUUCUUUGACCAGUUUGGCUGGAGAGGAAGUUUUAUGAUUCUUGGAGGACUGCUUCUUAACUGCUGUGUUGCAGGCUCACUCAUGCGACCUAUAGGGCCAAAACCAAAACCAGCAGAGAAGACCACUGAGAGAAGGACUGUAUCACAGACCAUUAACAGCUUCAUUGACCUCACUUUGUUUAAGCACCGUGGGUUUUUGCUCUACAUCCUGGGCAACUCUAUAAUGUUUUUUGGCUUGUUUGCACCACUAGUGUUUCUCUCUAAUUAUGCCAAGAGUGAAGACAUACCAAAGGAAAAGGCAGCUUUUUUACUCUCUGUGCUGGCUUUUGUUGACAUGUUUGCCCGUCCUUCAAUGGGCUUUGUGGCUAGUACCAAGUGGGUUCGGCCCAGAAUCCAAUACUACUUUGCUGCCUCUGCACUGCUCAAUGGUGUGUGUCAUGUUUUGGCCCCUGUAUCUGUUGACUACACAGGCUUUGUUAUUUACGCCAUUUUUUUUGGAUUCGCUUAUGGCUGGCUGAGCUCAGUGCUGUUUGAGACUUUGAUGGAUCUCGUGGGGGCCCAGCGCUUCUCAAGUGCUGUUGGGCUGGUCACCAUUGUGGAAUGUGGUCCAGUACUGUUAGGGCCUCCGCUGCUGGGAAAGUUCAAAGACAUCUACCAUCAUUACAGGUACACAUACCAGAGCUGUGGGAUCAUCCUCAUCGUCUCCAGUGUCUUCCUGUUUGCUGGAAUGGGACUUAACUAUCGGCUGUUGGCCAAAGAGAAAAAAGAGGAGGAGAGAAGGGCCAGGGUGGGAAAUAGAGGACAAAGUUCCAAUGUUGACCAUGCUUCUAAAGCGGUGGCAGAGGCUCAGAGCAAAGAAGACACUGUCUAGUGUUCUGCACCCAGUCAUCUUUCAUUUUUGAGCAAAGUAAAACAUACCUUUAUGGGAAAAAAAACUUGAUUUGUAUACUUCACUUACAGGUUUUACCUUUGACCCUGUUUUAGUGUUUCAUACUUGAUAAAAUCAAUCUAACACAGUUCAAAAAUGUGCAUGAAGCACUUAUUUGGUUUUACAACAUUUUUGUCAAAUGCUCUUACUUUGUCAAACCAUAUACAUUACUAAAUGAACUGCUUUGUUUUUAGCUUUGAAUCUGCAAAAGCUGUUAAUCAUUAAAAUAAAACUUGGCUGUGAGACAGCGAUGUUUUUAAAAAUAUAUUCAAAAUGUUUUAUUAAAGCUUGCUUUUUAAACGUAUGUAUACAGUUUGAAUAUAUUAACCUGAAAGUGUGUAUUUUGUGUAUCCAAGUUAUAUCUCUAAUAUUUCUUUAAAAAAAAGAAAAGCGUUUAAUCUGUUUAAUGAAACUGACACUAUAUCUUGGAAGGGUAUAAGAAGACUAAUGCAGUUUACGAGGAAGAUCUUUAGCAUAAGAAAAUAACCAAUGUGACUAAUACUUAUUUUUGUAUUUUUAAAACCUUUAUUAACAUUUUUGUCCGUAAACUUCAUUAGAAUACCUCAUCGUGUCAAAUAAACUACCUUUAAAAAAAGA